AUGGCUUCACGAUUGUUCCCGCGGCAGCGCUUUGCACCCGUGGCUACUGGUGCCGUCGUGGCCGGGAUAGCUCUUUUCCCAAAGACAACUCUACAUGCGGAGUCCCCCAGUGAGCCAGAGUCAAAAAAGUCAAUAUACGAUGACUAUGAAGCUCCCGCCGCUCCUCCAGCAAAAUCCGGCCCGCCUCAGACCACACCCGAAACCCCUACAAGAACCAAAUCCCCAACUCCCACCGACCGCCUAGCUGCUCAAAUAGGAAAGACGCGCAUGUUUCUCUACACUCGUGUUGCGGCUGCCGAGGACAAAGUCAACUCGUUCAUGGACUCGGCGCUGGAUCUCGAAUCAAGCUUCACCAGUACAAUCGCCUCCCUAGCACCAUCGCCGCAAUCUGGUGAGAAGCUCAUGCCCGGCGCUUUAUACGUGCUCGUCGCGACCAUGACCGGUAGCAUUAUCUCGCGGAACCGCAGCAUACUUCUCAGGGGUGCCUUACCACUAGCCGUCGGAAUCGGCGCGGGCUGGAUCGUGUUGCCGAUUACGAUGAGGAAUGUCUCAGAUCUGGUGUGGAAGUACGAGCAGAGGUUCCCAGUGAUUGCGGAUGGACAUAUCAGGACGAGAGAGGGUGUGGAGAAGGCUUGGAGGAUGGCGAGGGUUCAUACUCAGCAGGCUGUCAAUAUUGUGGAUGAUACGGUAGCUAGUGGGAGGGAGACUGUGGAGGAAUGGGUGAAGAAGGGCAAAUGA